CCCUUUAUUACCUAUAGAUUGCAAGCUCAUUUUUUUCUCGUAUUAACUCACUGUUCCCUCUGUGUCACAUUUAGAAACCCGAGCAAUCUCUCUCCGAAUACAAAGUGGCGUUCUGGAACUCGCCAGCUAGACAUCAUGAUUCUGAGCUCUUAUUGCUGGGAAGUAGAAAUCAUUGCCUGCGUUGUCUGCUUACUUCUUCUCAUCCCGAUAUACCAUCGGCUCACGAGCAGACAUGUUGUCUUGGAUCCAGAAGGACGAGCUGUGCUCAUUACUGGCUGUGAUUCGGGGUUUGGGAACAUGCUGGCUCACAGACUAUUGAAAAUGGGCUUUACAGUUUUUGCAACCUGUCUGUAUCCUGAAGGCGAAGGAGCUCAGUCAUUGAUUAAUGGUUACCCCUCAGACCGAGUAAAGGUAGUACGACUUGAUGUGAGCAGCGAUAAGGAAAUGGAUCAUGUCAAACAGUAUGUGUUAAACAACCUGCCUGAAAAAGGAUUGUGGGGCAUUGUGAAUAACGCUGGCAUAUCCACUUGGGGUUUGUCAGAAUGGAUGUCCAUUGACCAGUACAAAAAGCUAGUUGACGUGAAUUUGCUUGGAACCAUCAGGACUACAUUAGCCUUCACUCCACUUGUAAGAAAAAGCCAAGGGCGUAUGGUGUUUUUAUCAAGCACCAGCGCCAUUAUGAGUUUAGGAAAUGGCAUCUAUUCGUUGACGAAGGCUGGCAUCGAAAAAUUCUGUGAUUCUCUCCGGUUAGAAAUGAAAAGAUUUGGAGUAAAGGUCAGCAUUAUUCAACCCGGAAAUUACGCAAGGGCCACAAAUAUCCAACCGCAGAGGACUGCAGAAGAGGUUUGGAAUUCCAUCCCUGCACACGCCAAAGAUGUUUAUGACUUGGAAUUUGUAAAGAAAAUGACCGACUUUAUUAAUAGAGAAGUUCUCAAGGGAAGCGAUAAAGGCUAUGAGAUCAUAGAUGCCAUUGUAGAUGCUCUUACAUCAGAUAAACCAAAGAUCCGGUAUUUGGAGGCAAGCCUAAAGGAAAGGAUUUCAGUGUUUUUGUACUUCUAUUUACCAACCUCUCUUGUGGACGCAAUUCUGGCUAAAUCUAUCAAAUAGUGACUGGUGCUUAGUAAACUUAUUUUUGUAACUUUAUUUACCAAUGUCAGUUAUCUUACAUUGUAUCCAUUUCAACGAAUCAGACGCACGUUUAGAGAUCGGGGCAGUCAGUGUUAUUCACCAGAGUGCAAACUUUCAGAAAUUCUACAUUUUAAAACUGUAGGCCAAGUUGGAAAAAUCUUUUUUUCAAGUUCAGCUAUUUUAGAUGACAAUUUCCUGUCAGUUAACACAUUUAUGUAAAACCCUAAUUGGUUUAUUUCAGUCAUAAUUCAUGCAGGUUUUUUACAUUUAUUAAG